AUGCCACGCUCACCCAGCCCCGACCGCCGCUCUGAGCGCUCUUACCAUUCGAGCUCUCGUCACACGUCCCGUCGAGACGACCGCGACCGCGACCGAGACGAACGCCGCAGGAGUCGUUCCCCUCGACGUCGCGAAACUGAUGAAGCUGGGCGAAGGGAGAGGGAGGACCGGCGCGAGCGGGGCAAGGAGCGAGAGCGGAGCAGGAGUCGGAGUAGGAGCAGGGAUAGGCAUCGGCGCAGCAGGCGAGGCGAGGAGGACCGCUCAAGGUCCAGGUCAAGGUCGAGGGACCGGCGGUGGAGGCACGACGAGCGGUCUUCGCGGCGCAGGAGCCGAAGCAGGUCGCGCUCAUACUCUUCUGGGUCCGAGAGCGACGACUCGCGGGAUCGGAGACACAGGCGGAAGCGGCAUGGCUCGCGAGAUAGGGACGACAAGGAUGAGCGGAGGAGGCGGAGGGAGGAGAAGAAGGCACGGCGGGCCAAGCGCGAGGAGAAGAAGCGGACAAAGGCGGGACUCGCGACGGUCGAAUGGGGGAAACACGGCAUCUUGACGGAGGCUGACAUCUACACGAAGAGCGACGAAUUCCACGCCUGGCUGAUCGGCGAGAAGAUGCUCAAUCCGGAGACUCUGUCCAAGGCGAAGGAAAAGGAGAUCUUCAAGCAGUUCAUGGAGGACUACAACACGGGAACGCUGCCGAACGAGAAGUACUACGACAUCAAGCAGUACGAGCAGCGGAUGACGGCUGUACGGAUGGGCGAGACAGUCGAGAAAAGCGACUCGUACGAUUUCAUGAAGGAUCUCGAAGCCGCCAAGUCAUCCCAGCGCCGCUCAGCAGCCGCAUCAAGCGAGCAGCUGAUGGACCGCUCUCGACUCGAGGAACUCCGGAAGCUGCAGACCGAUCGCGUCCAGAAAGAGAAGAUGCAGCGCUUGGGCAUGGACGUCUCGGAGAACCUGGGCGUGCGGCUGGAGGACAAACUGCGGUAG